UCAGUCUAGGCCAGGCUCAACAAAAUAGCUCCAUACUUGUGAUGUGUGACGUGAAUUUUUAACUCAGCAGUCAAACAGUGGAGAAAUAAGUUUUUUACUGGAACCCCUGGGAAUUGCAGACUCUAAACGAUUGGUCCAUCAGAGAUGUAAGUUUCAAGUGGCAGGGUCUGAUUGCAUGGUAAUUCUUCUGGUAACAGUAGUGAGUUUAGUUUCUGUUCCUCCACAAGGAAAUGAUUAUACCUGACAUAAAGACUUGAAGGACUUUUAACUUGUUGACAAACAGUAUAGGUAAGUGGACAGUCUAAUCAUUGAAUGGGUGUGUCCGUGUUGUUUGGAUUGUGUCCUAGUUUUUCAGUAGGUGAUUAGGAAAGUGUGAAAAAACACUGAACAGACCCAGAGGAUUGUGAAAAGUAGGUGCAUGUUUACUCUUUUAUUUCAAAGAUAUUUGUUGAAUUUGAGUAGGUAUUUGAAUGUAUAAAUUUGCUUUUUCUUUUGUAAUAUGUCAAUCAGUGAUUUAUCAUGGACUUUCUAGAGCAUUGAUUAUGAUGAGGGGGGGGGGGGGGGGGGGGGGCUGUGUGGUUCUGCAGUUGGAAUUAUGUAAUCAGCAUAGCAGGGUUUGCAAUAUGAGACCAAAAUAUAAUAUAAUUAUUUAUGAUAUUCAGAAUGUAUGUCAGAUGGUGUAACACAGGGGGAUGCAUCCAUUGUCUUAGUAAAAUAUGAGUAUAUAGUCAGACUGUCUAAUAAAAUGAGUACUGAUAUGCAGCCCGAGGAGAAGAGGGGGGAGAGAGAGAGAGAGAGAGAGAGUUCAGGUCUUGAUUACAGGUCACAGUUUCACAGUGGUAGGAAUAUUUAAUGUUAUUCACUGUAGUACAGGCAGGCCUGGAUUUCUCAAAAGAAACUUAAGUCAAAACUUGGACUGUCUGAGAUUUUACUCAAAUUUUGACUGCUCAAAUAGUAGAAAAUUUAAGUUUAAGCCAGGUCAUAUAAAGACCCAGAAUAAGUUUUAAUUAUUUUGAAUUUUUUUUCCCAAACAAAGAAAACCCUAAGAAAAUACACUAUUCAGCAUGUUCAGAGUAAAAAAUUAGAUAUGGGGUUCAAAUUGACAGAAAGAGGAAAUGUGAUGGCAUAGAAGGAAGGGGAAAAGUUUAUUAAAGUGUGAAGAGAUUCGGAAUGUGUUUGAAAAGAGAAACACUACAUCAUAAACUGAGUAUUAAGCCUAGCUGCUAGGCACAUUCUCUAAAAGCAUAUGGUGGCAGAUAAGCUGCACUCCCAAAUUUUCAUCGUACUGUGAGUCAGACUCCAUCAAUUUCAGGCAAGGAACCUUUUGGAAAUUUUUCUUUGGUGAUGCAUAUGACUCCUGUUGUUUUUUUUAUUUCUUGGUAUAAAAAAGAUUUUUUUUCUUUACUUUUAUAUGUCUUUAUAGGCUUUCGAUAUUAUUCUAUAAGAGGAAAUUAACUGAUAUUGAAGAGUUUAAAGUUUUUGGAUCAUGGACAGUACUCGAGCAUUUGGCUGUGUUCAUCCUUCAAUGAUAUCUAUGUCAUAUGCUUCAUCCAGGAUGAUACAGUAAAUGAAAGGUGAUGUUAUGAAAGCACAGUCACUGUGAUAUAUUCAUUGAUUCAGAGGAUGAAGUUGGCAGGUUCAGGUCUUAUUAUAACGCCACAUGCUUUCCUUUUUUAAGGUUAUAGAUGAUAUGUUUUUGAAAAGUGCUUAGAGAGACUAGGAAAUAAAAAUUGAAUUUUCAAUGUUAUUAAAAGUAUGGGAAGCUUAAAAGAAAUAGUGGAAUCGGUGCUGGAGUUUAGGAAGAUAUGUGUAAUAAUAGACUAUUAGAGGGAAUUAGUGGAAUCGGUGCUGGAGUUUACAUACAAAAAUAACGUGUUUGUCUAAGAAUAGAAUUCCCCACAAAGACAGAGAAUGUCUGAUUCACUGUUGUUUUAACAAUUUGGCAAAGAAUGCAAGAUGAAAGAACUUAAAUUCUUUGGAUCCUGUUUAAAGCUAGGCUGUUGUUCUCUAUAAUUAGAGGGCACUGUGGCAAUCAAGCUGGUUGGAGUUGUACAUGAGAGUAAUGAUUUGUCCUACGUUAAGUCUAAAUAUGUCACUUGUAUUUCCAAUUCAAAUCGGGGUUUUUUCUGUCAGAGAUUGAAAAAAUGUUUAGGCUUGAAGAAGAACUGUGACAUUGAGUGAGUAACAUUUACACUUACAGUCCCCAGCCCCACACUGCUGCAGAGAAUCAACAGUGUGCACCGGCUCAGCACUGCCAAUUAAAUCAAAAUGGCAUUUUUUCUUCAAGCUCCAUGCAAAAUUACAUAAUAACCCAAUUACAGUGCCGUACCAACUUCCUGAAUUAUACAGAAAAAGCCGACAUUGUACGAAACACUUUCACAAUAAACAGGAUGAAGUGACAAAAAUAAAAUGAAUAGGUUAGUAAAGGCUACAUUGUUUCGGUGGUUUUUUGUCUCUUUUUUUAUUUAGAAGGACGCGUUUGUUGAAGUUAUCGCCUUGAAUUACUUUGUUUGAGACAGACAGCUGUCAUAAGUCAUUAAAGGUACAGUGUAUGUUGUUUAGUUGAGUUAAUGGCAAUUUUUAACAUUUUCAGAAUUCCUUAGUAUGUCCGACAUUGGACUUUAAAAAAAAGGAAUUCUGUAAUGAAGGAUGUUGGUUUUCAAUACAUAAUAAUUAUAGUUUGUUGCUGUCCAAUGAAGAUAGAUUGUCUCAUUAUAGCAUUUGAUUUAACGAACUUUAUCAUGUAAUCAUGAAACAGAUUGGCAUCGUAUAUCUGGAUGAUUAAUAAGUGUUCCUAAGGUCAGGGAAUAUGUAUCAUUAUGAGACUCCUGUAUGUGUAUGAAGAGUUCUAAGGAAAUGCAUGUAAAGUCAGCGAACCAUGCAGUAACAACCAUAAAAAAUACCAGGUAUCUCAGUUUUACCUGUCCUGUAAAUGAAGAAUAUUUGAUGCCUUAUCUGGUAUGUUAUCAGCGUAGUAGCCAGUACUCUGAUCAGAUAAUGGCUAUAAUUCAUUAGAAGGACUGGUAAAUUAAAUUAGUAAUUCAUUGUGCGAGGCCACACAUAAUUAAAGUAGCAAUGCAAAGGAAACAAUUGUUUAAAUGAAAGAUAUUACCUGAGCCAAAAAAAAUAAAAAAAUGCAAGCAAUAAAGGAUGUUGAACUUGUGUAAGCUUAUCAAAAAGGUGGUAAGAAUGUAUGUAAAUUGGAUUUUGGAAUGACAGAGAAAAUGGGUCAACCAACCCUUGUUUAUUGUCAAAAGAUUUUUUUUUAUGAAUGAAUUUAGUAAUGCUGCAAUUUAAAUUUUCAUUAUGAAUAGGUGGUCUUCUCAUCUGAAUUCAUUAAGUUAUACAUUUUUAUCUGAGUGAGAGACAUAAUACGUUAGUAGGAAUGUGAAGGUUAACUUGCUUCAUAAUGAAAGUUCACUCAUAAUUUCCAAAUUACUAUUCUCGUCAUUAAAUUUAAAGGGAAGAAAUUGGUUUUAUGCACAGGUACUAACACUUCUACUUGACUAACGUCCAUUCAUACUGUCUAUCAUCAAAUGAUUGUCCAUUACGUUUUUUUCUUGACCUCGAAGAAAAAGGUGUAUCCCAUCUAGUAUUGACAGUUGAUGCAUUUAUACCCCGACUGACCACAGACCAGUCUAAAUACAGUGACAAAAGACCUGCACUGCAUUCUUUUAAAUUCUUGUCUUUUCAAUCUCCCAGGGUGAAGUAGGUAGGUUUUUCCUCUAAUUUAUGAAUGUUUGUCUCUAACCAAGCUGUGUUCAGGGUUUCUUAAGGGACUGUGUUGAGGGUCAGAUUGCUUUUUAAUGGUUUUUGGUGACUUGUAGACAGGUAAGGAAUUUCAGACAGGUACAUGGUGAUGUAUUCUGUAUUUUAUUUGGAGUGUAAAAUUACAAAAAUUACUGUUUUUGUCACUUUCUAAGGAAGCUGUCAACUUUUUAAACAUUUUAUCUCUUAUCUCGAAAGAGCGUUUUUUGAAGAAGAAAAAAAAUGUUUCUUAAAUUUACAAAUGGAGAGAUUUAUCUUGAAUUUGGUAUUUAUGAAUAAUGUGAAAGGAAUUGUAAGGUUAAGUUGAUGCACAAAAAGUAAAUAAUAAAACUUGGGCUUUAGUAGAAUUUGAAUGGUGGCCAUUUAGAGGCUAUAGGAUGAAGUUACUGGUACUUGUAUUACAGAGAUACAAUUUUUUUCAAUUCGUUUAUUCACUCAAAACCAGAUGACGAGUAUACGUGGUACAAACAAAAAUAUACAUAUGUAGUGGAAAUGGUUAGGUGUUAACUGGUUUGAAUUAAAUUGUUUCUGGAAUACCCCUUAUAUCAUUUCUGAUCCAGUCUGUUCAGUCACUCACUUUGAUUGCAACAAGAUGGUUAAUCGUUUCCAGUAUUUUUCUUGACCGAUAAAACAUAUUAGAAAAAAAAAAAUCUCAAGUCUUCACCCACGCAGCAAAAGUCAACAAAACACUGGAUGAUGUUUUGAUAAGACUUCAGGUUCAGGAAAUUUUCAUGUACAUGUAGAAUAUGAUAACAGAGUGCAUAUCUGCUUAAGCUGGUUACUAAGAAAUGACUGUGAGAAUUUAAGGAAUGGAAUUGUCAUGUUCUCUUGCUGGAAUUUCAAUUAUGUGGUAUUCUUUAACCAUCCUGCAUACCAUUGGUUGAAUUCCCCAUGAUGCAUUUAGACUGGUGAUGUUGAUAACAGUUAAAUGUCUGCUUGCACAAAUUUUCUUUUCGAUUUUGAUCUGCUGAGGGUGAACCACUUCAAAAUACACAACCCAGCGCCUUGUUGAUGCUUUUAGUCAUCCCAAAUUAAAUUUUAGCAGUACGCAGAAUCCACCUUCAAAUGGUCACGGAGUGUCUGUGAAUUCUAGUUCCGAUUUAAAUCCCCUAUACGCCCUGUCUAUGCAACAAGACAAUAUGGAAGAAACAGAACCGGUGAAUCCCUUGUACGAUAUGAAUUCUGUUCCUGAGGUGCAGAAGGGAGAUUUGAUGAUGUCUUCAGGUUCUUCGAAUCCUAUGUAUGAUUUCUUGUCCACGGAGGGAACAAAUGGACACACAAAUUCGAAUGACUUAUUGGGAAUAGAGUCUUCCAAUCAAGCAGAUUUACUGGGAAGUGAGACAAAUCAUGUGAAUGGUUCCGUAGAGGUGGACGCAAGUGUCACUCAAAGUGAAGGAUUAGAUGGACAAAAUCAAAAUGGUGGAGAAACCAUUGACGAUUUCGAUCUUUUAGGUGGAAAUGUAGAGAGGACACCUGCAGUUGAUGAAUUCCCUCCCAAAAUUGAAGCCAUUGAAGAUCUAGAACAAGAAAGUGGGUCAGUAGAACAGGAAGGAGGAUCAAGUACAUCGGGAGAACUUCUGGUGGACAGUGAUGUUCCAAACACAAGGCUUGUUCCGGAGGAGGACCUUCUGGGGGAAACCAGUGCUCAAUCACAGGAACCCGAAGACUUGCUUGGAGGAGCUGUGGAACCGCAAGUCAUGGAAGAAAACAAUGUGGAGGAAGCAGUUAAGGAGACUGUGGAACAAGAGGAGCAACUUUUGGUGGAAACCAUGACCCCUGCUGAGGAGGGACCAUCUAUGACAAAUGAUAUGGACCAAGGUGAAUCUCUAACAAACCAAGGGGGGCCAGAAUUGGGGGAACUCUUAGGAGAUUUCUCUCAGAAUGCUGAGAAGACAGAACAAGAAAUGGCACCUGAAGAGGACCAAAAAACAGUGGAAGUUCCACAAGAAAUAGUGGAAGCUCCACAAGAAAUAGUGGAAGUUGAACAAGACAGAGUGGAAGCUCCACAAAAAACAGUGGAAGUUCCACAAGAAAUAGUGGAAGCUCCACAAGAAAUUCCAGAAGAAACAGUGGACGUUCAACAACAAAUAGAUGACGUUCAACAGCUGGAAACUGCAACAGACCAAAAAGAGGAACUUCAACAGGAGGAAACUGCAACAGAACAAAAAGAGGAGGAAAUUGCACCUCCUCAACCCGAGGAGGAAGUCGAGGAGCCCGCUCCAACUGAGGAUGUUUCUCAACAAUUUGUUCAAGAUGAGAAGGUGGAAGUGGAUGAGAACAUGUCCUCACAAUCCAAGGAUCCGCUUCAGUCUGACAGUCUUGUUCAGCCAUUGGUGGAGGAACUGGCAAUUACCAGAAGUCCUAGCUCCUCAGAGGGUGAAAUUGAGCAGGUCACCUACAAGUCUUCCACAGUCCUAGUCUUGUCUCCCUCUUCCAAACCCAUUGAAGGGAGACAAUUCACUUAUGACACAAGCUUAGAAGAAGACAAGGGACCAAAGGGACAGAGGAUCACCAGAACCAAGGAAGAGGAAACCCGUGUAGAGGAGAGCGGAGCUGGUCAAAAGACAACUCAGACAACAAAAACGACAACAGUUGUUCAGAAUGGAGAUAUCAGCAAUGGCCCAGAAGGGAUUGAUGAAGACAAUAAAGCUAAAAAGCCAACGGUCCAGGAGGAGAUCAUGUCUGUGGAGGGAGGAGUCUAUGAGAAUGAACCAGUGCGUGAUCCCGAAGUCGUCAGAGAAAGUGAUCCCAAAAACAUCGGAGAGGAGCUACCAGAGAUUGGCACAGCCAAGAGCAUGCUUCAGAAAUAUGCCAAGAUUCAGGAAGAGUCUGUUAAACCUGUGGUCGGAAAAAGGCAGGCCACUCCACCAAGAGGUGCUGGUCCAGCAGAAUAUGUAAGUGAACCAAGGACUGUCAUUGAAAAACCAGAGCAGAAGAUUGAAGGAGGAGUUUUCGAGAAUCAGCCAAUCACUGAGGAGGGAGUGGUGAAGUCUUAUGAGAGUGUGGAAGAUGUCAAGCCAGAGCAAGGAUAUGCUAGAAAUGUACUUGCCAAGUUUAAGGAAAUUGAAUCCCAAGUUCAGAAUCGUCCUCCUCCUUCACCCAAAAAAGAGCUAACUCCAGAUCGAUUUACCAAGGGAGAGUAUGUGAGCGAACCGAGAUCCCAUUUCGAGACAUAUGAAGGAAAAACAGAAUCUGGUGUUUUUGAGAGUCAACCACAAGAGGACAAAGAUGUUGUCAAGUCCUACGAACAUGAAGAGGAGGUCUUACCAGAGCAAGGCACUGCCAAAAAUUUAGUUUCGAAAUUCAAAGAGUAUGAGUCACAAAGUAAAUCCCCGUCUGCAUCCAGAACAAAGAAAGAAUUGACUCCAGACAGAUUCACCAAAGGAGAAUAUGUAUCUGAACCCAGAGCCACUUUCGAGCAGUAUGAAGGCCAGGUGGAAGCAGGAGUUUAUGAGAGUAAACCUAUGGAACGUCCAGAUGUUGUCAAAUCUGGAGAUUAUUAUGAGGAACCACUACCCGAACAAGGCUAUGCAAAGAAUGUUAUUUCUAAAUUUAGAGAUGUUCAAAAAGGUGGAGGCUCACCAAGCAGUUCACCAGCAAAUAAACAAAAGGAAAUAACUCCACCUAGAGAAGACACAUUUUCUGGCAUUCUGGAAAGUCAACCAGAAGAAAGAUCAGAUAUUGUCCAUUCAUAUGAUGUUCGAGAGGAAGAGUUGCCAGAGACAGGAACUACUCGAAAUCUAUUGAACAGAUUUAAAGAAAUCCAGCAUUCAGGAUCAAAUUCUCCAGUCUCACCAAGGCUAAAGAAAGAAUUCACUCCCCCACCUCAGUCAGGCAUUUAUGAAAACACCCCCCAGAAAAGUCUUGAGGUGGAGCAAAGAGUAGCAGAGAGUGGAAUCUUAGAAAACACCCCGGACAGGAGGGAUGGUGUUGCCAGAGAGGAGGAACCGUCUGCUGGGACAGUCGAAUUUCCAGAAAGAGGCUACGCAAAAAACAUGGUAUCCAAAUGGAAACAGCUUGAAAGUGAGCACAGCAAAUCAGCUUCACCCUCCCCCAGAUACAAGGAAUUCACCCCUCCUAGGGACGAGCCCAGAAUUAAGAGCCCCCUGAGUCCCAAAUCACCUGCAGGGACUAACAGCAGUGUUCACCCACGAGAUUUACCAGGUCAGUACCAGGAACAAAUGGAGCCAGGAAUAUACGAGAACCAGCCAACUGACCGAUCGGAUGUCGCCAGGGAGGAAGACACUGAUUGGGAUCAAGGCCUGCCUAGAGAGGGAACCAGCCAAUCUCUCAUAAGCAAGUUCCGAUCUGUGCAGGAGGAGGCUAAGAAGUCCCAUGAAGUGCCCAAGCCUAUUUCCAGGAGGGAUUCAACAGAUGGUACAAAGAGCCCCAAAAAGAAGAUGUUUGAGGAAAGCAGUGACUCGCCACAACGAGGCGAGUCUUCUCCCUCGUCAGUAGGAACAGAAGAUGAGUCAAUCCUGGCUCCCUCGACAGAGAACGGAGCGAGUCCUAAAAGUCCCUUUGUCGCAGUUCAGUUGGAGAAGUGUGCAGCAUGUCAGAAAACCGUCUAUGCCAUGGAGAAGAUUGAAAUGAAUAAAAACUGCUACCACAGGGCCUGUUUUAAGUGUUCCCAUUGUAACUCACGAUUAACGGCAAAAACGUUCAGCAUGAAUGAGGGAGUUAUGUACUGUACUAACCAUUUCAAGCAGCUUUUUGCAAGGAAAGGAAAUUACGACGAGGGAUUUGGACGUCAGCAAUAUAAAAAGCGUUGGCAAGGUGACCAACCAAAUGGGGAACAACAGACAGUUCCGGAGCCCACCGCUUGAUGUCGUGUGCUUUAUUUUUUGUCAUUAUGUAAUUUUUUUGUGUAUCAUUGUAUGAUCAAUAUUGCCAAUUCAUUUGCCCAUAUUAUACAGACAUAUAUGUUACCAUUGUGGAGAAAGAAAAAAAAACCAACAACAUGCAAGCUCAAAAGUGUGUAUAUUUUGAAAGAUGGAAUACCAGCUUUUGAUAUUGGACGAUUGAGAAAACAAAGGGAGGUUACCAUCUCGUAGACAGAAAGUGGUGGAUGUAGGGCUGGGAUGCUUCACCAGAGAAGGGUCAGUGCUAGCUACGAUCCGAAUGUUAGCAAUUGUUUUUAUUUAUACCACCUGUAAGGAUAGAAUGCUAUUUAGUAUUUAUUGUCAGUUCUAUGAAAAGUGUUUUACCAUAUUGGGACAAUUGAGUACACAUGUAUGUGUACUAGUCGUAUGCUGUGACAACACCACCACAUUCGAAAAUUCAUCUGUUGAACAUUAAAAUAGUAAUAAAUAUAUUUGUUUUCAUGCCAGAAUAUAUAUGUACAAGUAGAGUUUCUGUUAACAAAAUUUGGUUCGGAAAUGUAAUGUGUGCCCUGAAUAUUUGUGUUAGUUUGAAGAUCUCAGGCAUGCAUAUGUCUUCCAUUGGUUUGAAUGAAAAUUUGAAAAACAAAUUAGAAUCCCAGUUUAUAGUUUGCAUUGUUACAAGGUCCUUGAAAUGGGCUUGACAUUUGAAAAUUGUGGAAUGUGUUACAUGAAAACAUGUAUACUAUGCUAAAGAGUGUGAUAUGAGUGCAAUUUUAUUUAAUAAUAUCAGUUGUUUGCAGAUCUUUGAAAUAUCACUUUAUAUUUUUUGGUCAGCUGUACCAUAGUCAUUUGUAUGUUUCUAUACUAUCAUAUAUCACUUUUAUAGAGUUCUACACCAAAGACUGUCUGAAAGGCAGAUAAUCAUAUUUUAAUUUGUAUGUAUUAUUGAAUAUUGUGAAGCUUCUCCAAUUUUUUUUUUUAAUUUUUAAUUUUUUUUUGCUUAUUGAAAGAAAUAUAAUUUUCUGUUUGUCCUUGAUUCAUUAUCAUGUUUUGUUCGGACUAAACAGUUUAAUUAUUGCAUGAUAAAAAGCCCUGUUUAAUUGAAGUACAAAAUAUUUUGGGGGCGGGGAUUGUGCAGUGUAAGUUCUCUCCCUUGUAAAUCUGUGCAUAUUCUUAAGAUUCAAGAAAUGCAAGAUAAAGUUGAGUUGUGUUUGUACAAUAUUUGACAUGUUUUAGUCACCUGAUAUUUUGGAAAUGCUUUGACCUGAAAGUUAUUUGUGCAAGCUACUUUGGUAUUAAGAAUUGUGAUAUAUGAAAUAAUGUGACAUGUGUCACACUGGUAACGUGAUUUGAUCAUGUGACAAUCUAGUUUGUCCGUAACUUUAAUGAUUGAUGUCUCAUUCAUAUAAACAUCAACUGAAGGUUUAUAUAUAUGUGCUUUCAACCGUAAAUUAAUUAUCAAGCUAUAGCAAAUAUUACUGCAUAGGACUUUUGCAAUAAAAAUUUUUUCCAGUAA